AUGGAUUCACUCGCCCUCGCAGCAAGGGUGUCAGGCCUCACAGGGACGUGUCUCAAAGUCGCCAGCUCACUCCAUGACCUUGCAUCCAAAUAUCCAACAGCGAGACGCAAGCUCACCGAGAUGUCGGCUGAAUGUGCUUCUGUCGCGGCUUCAUUGACGCAGUUGCAGAGCUUCGUGCUCCAGGAUACGGCUGUGGUAGGCAAAACUGACGCACUCCUCAAGAUUGACACCUUCAUCAAUACAUGCAGGGUACUGUUCUCCGGCUUGGAUGAUAAAAUAGAAAAUUUGAAGUCGGGUACAGCAUCGAGUAAGCCGUGGAAUUUGUGGAAUAGCCGAGUCAACCUGCAGCUCGGAUGGGGUGAAGUGGACAUGCAGAACUCGAUCGAGGAAAUACGAGGGCAGCAUGGAGCGCUCGAGGUUAUGAAGGAGCUCCUGAAAAUCAUCUCAUCCGAAUCAAACUCCCAGCAGGUCAAAAAACCAAAGCAGGCGACAGGGCGAGAAGCGGCUAGCUCUGAGACUCUUCAGCUUGAGAAGUCCGGUCAGGGUAGUGCAGCUUCAAAACCAGGCCAUAAUCCUCUAGGUGGUGGCUACAAUUUCAACUCAAAAGAGCCCCGAAGGUUUUUGUUCGAUGAUGUCCUCGCUCAGUCUAAGGCAUAUCGGAGAUUUCUUGGCACGCCCCCUCCAAGAAUCGAGCGGGAGAGGUCACUGCCCAUAGCAGGCAUAUCUCCAGAUGAAAAGAAGCAGCCGGGAAGCAGUUUUCCUGAGCCGGGAUUUACAGUAAACUCGAACUCGGACAGCGCCUUAGACCGAGACGACGAGCCACCGGAAUACAGCCCCUACGAUCCUUCCCAGGCACCGCCGAAGGCAAACAAUAGUCUUACGACUGACACGACAGCGAUGUUCAAGGGCUCGAAACCAGAGACACCACAUCCAACACCGAGCGACAGGAUCCCGCCAACAUACGUACCUGUUUCCGGGCCACAGCCGAGUUUCCCUGUCGAGCCGUCCCCCACGUCCAUAACGUACACCACGCCCGUGAGCAGAGAGACCUCGGUUCCCGUGCGUCUCUACAAUCCCAAUCCAGGACGGGUCCACUUCCGCGUACGAACGUCUGCGCCGAAGAGCUAUUGCGUCCGUCCUAAUCGCGGAUGGAUCGAGGCUGGAUCGACCAACAUCGUCAGCUUUGUCGUCGUGCUGAGCCACCAACCGACACUCCCCCGGGGGAGGGGCGGAGAUAAGUUUCUGAUCGAGAGUAUCUUGGUGGACGAGGGCGAGGAGUUCCAGUGGGCGCGGGAUGUGGAGAGAAAGCGUGGGGAGAUUGCGAGCGUGAAGCUCCGCGUGGACUACGUCGAGAAAGGGGCGGAUUAA